AUGCCAUUAGAUACAAUAGAUCUAGACUUAAAAGAGAGUUACAUUAAAUAUCUCGAAAAUAAAAUUUUGAUUCGAGAUAGAGAACUGGAUUCAUUACGACAGGAAAUUUUUGAUAUUAAAGAAUGGUUAGAAAAAACACUUCGAGAUUCUGAAAGCCGAGAGAAUUAUAUAGACUAUUUGGAAAAGCAGUUAGUAAUUUUUCAAGAUAAAAUAGACAAGCUUAAUGAAAAAAUAAAAAUACUUAUUUUAUAUAAAAAUGGCAAUGAUAAUAUAGAUUCGAAGAACUAUAACCUUGCUAUAGAUAUGGCACAACAACCAGAAUCACCCAGAUUAUCUUUGCCAGAAAACCAAGCUACAAUCCAGAAUAAUAGGAUUCAGCGAGAGAUUAAUAAUAUUAGACAGUAUUUUCAAAGCCUAAUCAUAAUAACACCUACAAUUAAUGAUAUUGUAGAUUAUCUUAAUAUAAUUUCUGAUGCUGGGGAUAGGUUUGAAAGAUUAGUACUAGAUAUAUAUCCGCAGGCAAAUGCUUGUGCAAUUUAUGCAGAAAAUCAAGUAGCAGAUUUGCAGACCCAGUUAACUAAUUCACAAAUCCAGUUAGCUACACUUCAAAAUGACUACGAUCUUCUUCAUCAGGCCUAUGAAGCUCACAGAACACAACACAAUAUAUUUAAAUCUCGAGAACUUGAUAGAUGA